GUCGUAGGUCGAGAUUUCUAAUACCGCUUCAAGUUGUUUGAGGAGUGAGAUUCUAAUCCAACGAUUCACAGGAAUCUUCUUCCACCUUUUUCAUUCACAAAGAAAAUACAUAUUUACAUAUGGACAUGCCCUUUUGCGGAAGAAAUAAGAAUCCGAUUUCCAGAUUACCUACUUUUUGCAGUCGGAAAGUUGGGAUCUCUGAGAAGAAAAAAGAUCAAAUUAAAAAGGAAAAAAAUGGCGACGCGAGGUGAUAGUAAGACUCUCCGAGUUUUCUGUAUCGCAACGGCUGAUUCAAAGCUUGAGGAGCUCCGAUUCAUUUCCGAUACAGUUCGAUCCAACCUCAAUAGCUUCUCUAGAAGUUCUUCUUUUAAGGUCGAAGUGACGGUUGUUGAUGUUUCUACCGGCCGUAUGCAUGGGAUCGAGAGUCUGGAUGAUUUCGUCUUCGUGUCGAGGGAGGAUGUUCUCUCUUGCUAUGAUCGCACUGGAAAUGAUCUUCCCGAUGACCGCGGAAAAGCUCUCUCUAUAAUGAGUAAAGCACUUGAAUAUUUCCUUAGUAAAGCCCGGGGGGAUGGGGUAAUUGCUGGAGCUAUUGGACUUGGAGGCAGUGGAGGGACAUCUCUCAUAUCCUCUGCGUUAAAAUCUCUUCCAAUUGGAAUCCCUAAGCUUAUCGUCUCAACCGUUGCUAGUGGUCAGACAGAAUCUUAUAUCGAGACAUCCGAUCUGAUACUCAUCCCGUCUAUAGUGGAUGUGUGCGGGAUUAAUAGUGUCAGUAGGGUCGUCUUAUCAAAUGCUGGUGCUGCAUUUGCUGGUAUGGUGGUCGGAAGACUCGAGAAGUUUAAAGAUUCUCGUAAUUUCAAUGAAAAACCAACAGUGGGUUUGACAAUGUUUGGAGUUACAACUCCUUGUGUAAAUUCUGUCAAAGAAAGAUUGGCUAAAGAAGGCUACGAGAGCCUUGUUUUUCAUGCUACCGGGGUUGGGGGCAAGGCAAUGGAAUCUCUGGUCAGAGAGGGAUUUAUCCAGGGAGUCUUGGACAUCACAACAACAGAGGUUGCAGACUAUUUAGUGGGAGGUGUCAUGGCUUGUGGCAGUUCCCGCUUUGAUGCCAUUAUAGAGAAGAGAAUCCCACUAGUCCUAAGUGUAGGAGCACUGGAUAUGGUGAACUUUGGAUCCAGAGAUGCAAUACCUUCUAAUUUUCACGGAAGGAAUAUAUAUGAACAUAACAAGCAGGUUUCGCUGAUGCGAACUACAGUGGAUGAGAACAAAAAAAUCGCUCAUUUUAUAGCUGAUAAGAUAAACAAUUCAUUGGUGAAGGUUCGUGUGUGCCUGCCGCAGAAUGGUGUAUCUGCUCUGGAUGCACCAGGGAAGCCAUUUUAUGAUCCUGAAGCUACUUCUACUCUUUUAGAUGAACUACAGAGGCACAUUCAGUCAAAUGAUGAUAGGCAGGUGAAGGUGUAUCCUUAUCAUAUUAACGAUCUUGAGUUCGCCGAGGUAUUGGUCAACUCAUUCUUGGAAAUUACUUCAAAAGAGACGAAGGACUUGUGUGACCCAAAAAUUGUUUCAGUUGAAAUUAGUCAAGACCUUCAAGAGAACUCCAUUUCUGAGUCAAAUUUAUCUGUUCAUGGAAGCAUUAUCUAUAGUCCUAGUGAUUUCCCAGAUGCAAGACCAGUAACUUUGAGAAGAACACGUAUGAUAUUGGAGAACCUGAAAGCUCAAAUAGUUGAAGGAGUGCCCAUAAUAGGGGCUGGUGCGGGGACUGGCAUAUCUGCCAAGUUUGAAGAAGCUGGUGGCGUUGAUCUGAUAGUGGUGUACAAUUCGGGACGCUUUCGCAUGGCUGGGAGGGGUUCUUUAGCAGGCUUACUACCUUUUGCCGAUGCUAAUGCCAUAGUGCUCGAGAUGGCCAAUGAAGUUCUGCCAGUGGUGAACACAGUUCCCGUGCUUGCUGGAGUAUGUGCUUCUGAUCCAUUUCGUCGAAUGGAUUACUUCCUAAAGCAGGUGGAGUCAAUUGGAUUUUCUGGAGUGCAGAACUUUCCUACUGUUGGAUUAUUUGAUGGUAACUUCAGACAGAACCUUGAAGAAACAGGAAUGGGAUAUGGAUUGGAGGUCAAGAUGAUUGAAAGAGCACACAAAAUGGGUCUCUUGACAACCCCAUAUGCUUUUAACCAAGAUGAAGCCUUGGAAAUGGCAAAAGCUGGUGCAGACAUUAUAGUUGCCCACAUGGGGCUCACUACCUCUGGAUCUAUUGGAGCCAAAACUGCCCUUACAAUGGAGGAAAGUGUACUCCGUGUACAGGCAAUAGCAGAUGCUGCUCACAGAAUCAAUCCUAAUGUCUUAGUGCUCUGUCAUGGAGGUCCUAUAUCGGGUCCUAGUGAAGCUGCAUUCAUUCUGAAGAGAACCAAGGGAGUUCAUGGAUUUUAUGGUGCAUCAAGCAUGGAGAGGCUACCAGUUGAACAAGCAAUAACUAGCACAGUCCAAGAGUACAAAUCAAUUUCAAUGAGAUAAAAUUUGAAGUGCGGUCCUUCACGAGCUUGAUACUUGUCAUGUAUAUUAUAACUAGUACUAACUUCUCACACACAUGUGAUGGGUGAAAAUUGUGGCCAAUCGUAUCUUUUAGCUUCGAUAUGUUUCAGUUUUUUUUUUUUGGUUUGUUGCAUUAUAAGUAUCAAAUUUGGGUAAGAUCCAUUAUCCUACAUCAUCUCGAAUCUUGCAGAGUAAAACUUCCACUGGAAGAACUGUUCUAUACAAUUGCACAUUAUUUCUCUUACAAGAGAAAAAUAUGCUAUUUCUUUGAAGUGCUAA